AUGGAUCCCGUCAGACUAUUCUCCGAUGCCUUCAGUGUAGAUUAUUCCGCCGCAGCGUAUCUCGUCGGCGCGCUUUCGUCCGUCCUCGUCGCGUACCUUCACCGGUUUAUCCGCGCUCCCGCGCUUCGCCACGUAUACGCCGCAGUUUCUGGGGUGCUUCUAUCUCUAAUCUCCUUCACUCCCGACGUGCUGCUGCAUUUCAUCCUCGCAGCGUCCUUCACUCUCGUCGUCAUGCGGACGCAGCGAAGCAUCUGCGGACUGGUUACCUUCAUUGGUACAUUCGCACAUCUCAUCGCAUGCCACGUCAUCUUCAUGAGCGACGACGCGCGGCGAACGGGCCGCGUGGACUUCACGGGAACUCUAACGAUCGUGGCGAUCAAGCUGACGUCACUCGCCAUGGACUACCAGGACGGCCUUAAAGCCCUAAAGGACGACGCGAAGCGCGCUAAAGACGGCGAGAAACCCGAGAACGAGCAACCGUCGGGCGAUGAUCGGAGAAAGGCGGAGAAGCGGGCGAGAGUGAUUAGAGAGAUGCCGUCGCUGGUGGAGUUUCUAGGAUACCUGUUCUGCUGCGGGCAGCAUCUGCUCGGGCCGUGGUUCGACUAUCAGUCGUACGACGACUGGACGCACCGACGCGGGGUGUGGUCCCCCGCAGUCCGCGCACCCUCCCCCAUCCCGCCCUUCCUCCGCGUGCUCCUCCAAGGAGCGCUAGCAGCAGCCGUCUUCCUGCUCAUCUUCCCGCACCUCGAUCUCUCCCUCGCCACCGACCCGGCGCGCUUCUUCGCGCUGCCCUUCCUGCGGCGCCUGCUGCUCGUGUUCCACGCCACGCUCGUCACGCGCUGGCGCUGCUACAUCGUCUGGUCCAUUGCCGAGGCUGCUAUGGUGUCUGGCGGGCUGGGAUUCUCCGGUUGGGUCACUAAGCCUAGUGCUGCUGCUGCUGCUGCCGCUGCUGCCCCUGCUGCCCCUGCUGCUGCUGGUGUUGCUGCUGACACGACUGCUGCUGCUGCUGCUGCUGCUGCUGCUGCUGUUGCUGCUGCCCCGGCUGCUGCAGGGGAAGGGAGAGCAGAUGAGCACGAUGGAAAGGAGAACCACACAGAGAGGAAUGGUGGGACGAGUGUCGGCACAGGACAGGCAGCCGCAGCAGUGGGAACAGCAGGAGCGGCCGGAGCCGAUGGUGGGCGGGUGAUGAUGGGAGAGCUAGUGAACAAGCAGGGAGGCAGCACAGCGAUGGCUGGAGUGAAGGGCUCUGCAGUAAGUGGAGAGAAGAAGAGAGCACACGCUGCCACCUCUGCUGCUCCUGCUGCUCCUGCUCCUGUUACUGCUCCUGCUCCUGCUCCUGCCACUGCUGCUGCCGCUGAUGCUGAUGACGCCCCUGCGUGUUCACGUGCGGAACGGCAGGUGGCGGCGUCAGGUGGCGAGCGACAGGUGGCGUCGUGGGAUAGGGCGCGCAAUGUGAAUAUCCUCGGCAUGGAGCUUGCUAGCACGGGUGCUGACGUGGCGAAGAACUGGAACAUUUCCUUCAGCACGUGGCUGCGCAUCUACGUGUAUGAGCGGCUGGAGGCAAUGCCUCGGAAGGGUGCGCUUUUCAACCUGCUCUUCACGUUCUUCAUCAGCGCAAUCUCGCAUGGUCUGAACCCAGGGGAUUUGAUCGGAUUCGCGCACUGGGCGCUCAUGAUAGCAGGCUCGCGUGUCAUCUACCGCUGGUCGCGGCCUCUGGCUCCAGGCUCACUGCAGCGUCGCGCUGCCUCGCUGCUGCACUUCCUCUACGUGCUCCUCUGCAUCAACUACGCUGGCUUUGGCUUCAGUGACCCCUCCCCAACCACUCCCCCCUCCUGGAGUUUCUCUGUCCGUCACUCGCACUCACGUGCACGUGCCUUUCACUCUCCCCGUCACUCUCGUGAUCUUCCUUCCUGCAGUGAAUUCCCUAGCGUCAACGCCAGCAGCGCCAUGUCGUCGUCCGCCGAAGCGCCGUGCGAGGCGGCGCCGUGGGUGGUGGGAGUGACGGCGCGCGCGCCGAGCAACAUCGCGGUGAUUAAGUACUGGGGGAAGCGCGACGAGGCGCGCGUGCUGCCGCUUAACGGCAGCGUGAGCGUGACGCUCCACGUGGACCAGCUAGCCGCCGAAACCACCGUCGCCGUCAGCCCGUCGUUCACUGCCGACCGCCUCUGGCUUAAUGGCAAGGAGGUGGCGAUGAGCAGCCACCGCUACGGCAACUGCUUGGCCGCCCUGCGUGCACGCGCCUCCACCACGCACUGGCGCCUGCCCGCUCCACACUCCGCCCAGCAGAGCGAGCAGGGAAGGGGCGAGCAGCGGGAGGUGGAGAUAGGCGCGGGGCAGUGGCAGCAGCUGAGAGUGCAUGUGGUGUCGGCUAACAACUUCCCCACCGCUGCUGGCCUCGCCUCCUCCGCUGCUGGCUUUGCUUGCCUCGUGUUCGCCCUGGCAGAGAUCAUGGGAGUGAAGGAGGCAUACCCGGGGGAGCUAUCUGCCAUUGCCAGGAUGGGAUCUGGCAGUGCCUGCAGGAGCCUGUACGGCGGAUUCGUCAGCUGGGACAAGGGCGAGCUAGAAGACGGCAGCGACAGCAUGGCGCGGCAAGUCAAGGCAGAGGACCACUGGAGCGAUCUCGUCAUUAUCAUUGCAGUGGUGGAGGAGAGGGAGAAGGACAUUGGCAGCAGCGACGGCAUGAAACGGUCCGCUCUGACCUCCAAGCUGCUGCAGCUGCGCGCUGAGCACGUGGUACCAGAGCGAAUCACAGCAAUGGAGGCAGCCAUAGGUGCCCGGGACUUCCCUGCGUUUGCCCGCCUGACCUGUGCGGACAGCAACCAGUUUCACGCCACGUGCCUCGACACGGCGCCGCCCAUCUUCUACCUCAACGCCACGUCGCGCCGCGUGAUUGGCUUCGUGGAGGAGUUCAAUGCACAGGGAGAGCAACCGCGGGCAGCGUACACCUUUGACGCAGGUCCCAAUGCAGUCAUGUUUGUGGAGCGCCGCAACGCCACGCAAUUCCUCUCUGCCUUCCUGCAGCGCUUUCCCCCACCAGCCAGCGCCCCCCUCUCUAGGUAUUCCUCCCCCCCACCCCAUCCCCGCCUCUAUAAUUUCUACGCAAGCACCACUUCGCUCCGUGCGCCACCGCUCCCCACUCCAGCUUCCUAUCCCCCACCUGGCACCACCACCCACUACAACUAUCCCCACUUCACCUGA